CUUCAGGCGAGAGGGCAAUUCCUGGGCUUGGUGUUAGCGUUCUGCUGGGGCUCUUUCUUUGAUCUGCUCUCGUCCGGCAAUGACGGCGAUGCAUUAGCACUCAGUGUAGCUUUCUGUUUAUUUCUUGCCGUUUCCCGUGAUCGUUUCUCAUUCGGUCUGUUUAAUUUAAAAAUAAUAUAGUGCUCAUAUCUUGGAUCAGUUCUUGCAUUUUUCUGGUUUUCUGAUUUUGCGUUUUAUCACAAGAGUUUUCGAAAGCAACAAGAAACACUCCAACGUCAAAGUCAAACUGAUUUAAACCAAAACCAUCUGCAAAACGGCAAAACCAAGAAGACGGCCUGGCUGUUAAACUCAACAAUCCAAGUCUAUCUAUCGCAAGUGAAACGACUGGAUCCUCCAUUACCGAAACACAACGCCAGGAAACAAACUCAAGAAUUUUCCAAACGAGAGACGUUGUCUAUUGCAAAGCAAACAUAGAACAAAUUUUGUAUCACACUUGAUUUCCUUCGAGCACAAAGGUGUGACUACAAUUUCAAGCCCACCCACCACCCUUCAGCAGUCCUUUUUACUACCCCUUUAUUUGACACUCUUCAUCGUCCGUGAUGAUGCAAAACGGAAUGGAACUUCCUGUGCAGACGGGCAUGGCUUCAACUGGACCCGUGCCACAGCACCCUUCGCCCGUGGCUACAUCGGUCUCACCUCAGCCUCCACCCCACGUGGUGGGUGUCAAUACUCAACAACCGCAACCACAACAACAACUCUCUGGUCAGACUCAUCAAGUCCAAAACAUGGGACAGGAUGACGAGGAUGGGAAUAAAACGAACUUGAUUGUCAACUAUCUUCCACAAACUAUGACUCAAGAGGAGAUCCGAUCCUUGUUCUCUUCGAUUGGAGAGGUGGAAAGUUGCAAGCUAAUUCGAGACAAAGUUACAGGUCAAAGCUUGGGAUACGGAUUUGUCAAUUACCAUCACAUUGAGGAUGCCGACAAAGCCAUCCAAACUUUAAAUGGAUUACGACUUCAAAACAAAACUAUUAAGGUCUCCUAUGCCAGACCAAGUAGUGAAGCAAUAAAAGGUGCCAAUCUGUACGUCUCUGGCUUGCCAAAGCACAUGACCCAACCUGAUCUGGAACGCUUGUUCUCCUCAUGUGGUAACAUCAUCACUUCCAGGAUCCUCUGUGAUAACAUCACAGGUUUGUCCAAGGGAGUUGGAUUUAUUCGCUUUGACCAACGCAUGGAGGCCGAGCGAGCUAUUCAAAAGCUCAAUGGCACAAUUCCAGAGGGCGCUAGCGAUCCCGUUACCGUCAAGUUUGCAAAUAACCCAAGUAACAAUGCCAAGGCCAUCCCUCCAUUGGCCGCUUACUUGGCCCCAACUGCAGCAGCCCGUCGAGCAUUUGGCGGUGCUCUACAUCCGGCAGCGGCUGCAGCGAGUCGCUUUAGCCCCUAUUGCAUUCCAUCGGCAGCGGCCGGGUUAUCACUGGAUUUAAGUUUCAAAGAUCCGGGCGCUGGGAAACCUAUUUUGGGUGGCAAGGCCCUUUCCAGAUAUUCUCCAUUGGCUGGAGAGCUCCUAACCGGUAACCCGAUUCUUCCUGGCACUGGUAGUACUGGUGGAGGGGGAACAGCCGCAGCGGCUCUAAACGGAAGUGGUUGGUGCAUUUUUGUCUACAAUUUGGCUCCAGAGACGGAGGAAAAUAUUCUCUGGCAACUCUUCGGUCCGUUUGGGGCUGUUCAAAACGUGAAGGUCAUCCGAGAUCUUCAAACCAACAAGUGCAAGGGUUUUGGUUUCGUCACCAUGACCAACUAUGACGAAUGUCUGGUGGCCAUUCAGUCCCUUAAUGGAUACACCUUGGGCAAUCGGGUGCUUCAAGUGAGCUUUAAGACCAACAACCGGAAGUCUUAGGAAGCAGCUAUCCCAAGAAAAAGAAGAAACAGAAGUCCAACAAGACCAGAUCAACCCAACAACUAUCCUGUUCUAUGCUCUAUGACCGAUACUUGAAUUUUGUCGUUUUCUUAGAUUUACGGUCUAGCCUAAGCCUUUACCGACAUUGUCAUUAUAAUCAGCAUUACAUUCACCAUUAUGGAAUCAGUUUCAAGCUAUUCCUAUCAUGAUCAUUUUUAUGAUUCAUACCUCCACCCUCAUCAUUCCCACUACCACCAUCACACCCACCCUCAGCAUUACUAAUCUCAUUGCCAUCACCACCACCACCAACAACAACAACAAGAACAACAACAAAACGACAACCAACACUAUCAUGAUUGAUUUGAUUCUUAUCUAGUCCUUUUACCGCUCUCCUCUACCUUUAUGAUCAUGAUUCAAUGUUCAAGAACCUAAUUAAUCGUAUGAUUAUAUGUUUCACCUAUCCUCAUAUUGCUCCUUCUCAUCAUCUCCUGUAUCAUAUUUGUUGUUAUGGAUAACUUCUAGUCAACACGAAAAACAACAACGGUAAGCAACUGGAUUACAGUUAUUAAUAGUUUGAAAUACUCAGAACGUCAUAACGUUGCCGACCUAAUUUAGCUUGAUAUUGAAGUUAUGAACCUUGUCGUCAUUUUAUCUAAUUUGAUUCAACUUGGUCAAUAAAGUAUGUCAAACAGCA